AUGGGCGGUGUGCAACUUGCACCAAGAGAUUUUAUUGAGCCUGUUGACUUGAAACAAGAUGUUGCCUGGGAUCAGUGGCACGAUAUGAUCUCGGCAGAAGACCUUACUGAAGAAAUCGAACAUAUCAUGAUGAACGAAUCCGUUCCUUCAUGGAUCAACGAAUGGCAAGAUCAGGUAGAAUCCCCCACCUUGGAAUCUUCUAUCUUUCCCCAUACCCUCGGGGAUCUGUUCGGUGGCGACGAGAUCGCAGCUGGUCUUUACGAUGAAAUGACGUUUUAUCCCAGUCACGACUCACCAGCCGUUACCGAGCCAGAAUUAUCGCCACCAUUAUCGACCUCUCAUUCCACCUGUGGUGAGAGUAUCGACCAUAACCUUACACAAGACAUUGACGACGUUCAGGUUGCCAUGUCUUCUGAAUCAGAAUCGUCUGACAGUGAUGACGAAGAAGAGGAAGAGCCUGUGUUGCUCGCUGACUGCACCCAGCCAGCUUUCGAUCAACAAGACGGUUCAGAUUCUGAGGAUGAGGAGCAAUUCCUUUACCAAAAGGCAUAUGCUAGUCGAGGAAACAGCUCGACGCCUGUCGCUUCUUUCAUGCAGCGAAGACAGAUGGAAGAAUCUAUUUUGGAAAAGAUCACAACCCAGUUGGAUGCUGAAAAGCUUCCUGCCAUCCUUACCAUCAUUGGUUCAGAUCAAGACGAGCAAUCGCAUGGUGGUGAAGUUGAAAUUGAUCUUACUCGAUUGGAUCAAGAUCGCUUGGGUCGAAUUUUGGCGUAUGUCGAUGCAUGUGUUUUAGAGCAACACGGUGGUCCCUCUGUUCAACUGAAUGAUUAUUUGUGUGCUCGCCCUGUUAUUCAAGAAACCAAACAAACCCCUAAAAAAUCAAGAACCAGACCUGUUGAUUCUGACGACGACAGCGACGAUGAUAGUCAAGUGUAUGAGUUGCCAAAGCGACGAAGACGCCAACGACAGACGCCUGCUCGGAAACGUACUCGCAAGCAGAGAUCACCUAUUACAAAGCACGGCAAAAUGACAGAAGAUAUAAUAGGUGGCCAUACGGUCAUUGUUGAUGAACUGUCACUCGGUUUAGGUGGAUCAAUUGGUGACGGCCCAUUGUCUUUGAGUACGUUAAAUUCCGUCACUGUCCAUCAAGCUGGCGGAAAGUCCAAAACUGGCCACAAGUCCAUUGAUCCCGAAAGUAUUGCAGCAUCACGACCAAAGCGCCGGGCAGCUGUACACAAGAGAAGAAUGUUGGAAGAAUUACUUGCACCCUCUGACGACGAUGAUGAAGAUAUAUCCAACGAAGUUCCCCUCGUUGUUCAUAGUGAUGAAAAAAUGGAUAUGGGCGUCACCGAAGAUAAAGUCAUAGUCCAUGAAUCAGUAUCUGCCUCCUUGGCUGGACCAUUGGCACCUACCUAUACUCAGCAUGUAUCUGAUGAUGCCGAUGAAGAAGAUAUUGACAUCAUGGACUAG